AUGCGUAUUCACACCUGCUACUUUUGUUCUAGUCCCGUUUACCCCGGUCACGGUAUCACAUUUGUGCGCAAUGACAGCAAGAUAUUCCGUUUCUGUCGUUCUAAAUGUCACAAGAACUUUAAUCGCAAGCGUAAUCCACGCAAGGUGAAAUGGACCAAGUCCUUUCGCAAGGCAGCAGGCAAAGAGAUGGCUUUGGACACGACGUUUGAUUUUGACAAGCAGCGCCACCGUGCUGUCAAGUAUGAUCGUGAGCUUAUGGGCGCUACAAUUCAUGCCAUUGAGCGUGUGGCGCAGAUUAAGGAGAAACGCGAAGCUGUUUUCUAUAAGAACCGCAUGAAGGACAGCAAGGCGAAGGCAAAAGCACGUGACUUGCGCGAGCUAGAGCAAAAUAUCUCUCUGAUUGAGCCAGUGGCAUCAGCACUUAAGGAUCAAGCACAGCUCAACGUGUCGGCCUCCAAGCAAAAAGGUGCUGCGGCUAAUGAGGCACCGUCCUCUAUGGUCUUAGAUCAGUAG